AUGAUCAUUGACAAUACGAUUAGUAGAAAUGAUCGAAUUAAUAUACCAAAGAAUGAACACGUAAGGGGUGACAACACAGGUAAUAAUAAUGUAGUAAAUAUAGAAAAAGAAAAGGAUAUAAUUAAUGCGAACAAUAGUAAUAAUAUGAACAUUGUCAAAGGAGAAAAUAAUUUUUCAAAAAAUGUAAAUGAACAUACGACAUCCGUUAAAAGAAUUAAUGUUGAAAUGAACAAUGAAAAUAAAAAAAAUAAUAACGAGAAAGUGUGCAAUAAUGUUAAUGAGACUAUAAAUGGAAUUAUUAUGAAAAAUAAAAAUAAUAACAAUAUUUGUAAUGAUGAUAAUAAUAAAGAGAAUGAUAAUAAUAAAAAUAAUGAUGAUAAUAAUAAAGAUAAUGAUAAUAAUAAAAAUAAUGAUGAUAAUAAUAAAAAUAAUGAUAAUAAUAAAAAUAAUGAUAAUAAUAAAAAUAAUGAUAAUAAUAAAAAUAAUGAUAAUAAUAAAGAUAAUGAUAAUAAUUAUAUUGAACCAACUUCUACAGAUGGGCAUAUAAAGGAAGAGGGAGGAAAGCAAAAUGAUGUGGUAAAUGAUUUAAGUGAAAAUAAUCAAAAUGUUGAUAAUAACCAAAGUGGUGACAACAAUCAAAAUGUUGAUAACAACCAAAGUGGUGACAACAAUCAAAAUGUUGAUAACAACCAAAAUGUUGAUAAUAGUCAAAAUGUUGAUAAUAGUCAAAAUGUUGAGAAUAAUGAGAGUGCAAAUUCCAAUCCUGAUAAUAUAGAUGAUGGGGUUGAAAGUUUUAACAGUUUUUUAUUAGAAGAAGAUAUAAAUUUAUCAAGACGAGCAUAUCGUAAUUUUCAUAUAUGUUCGAUAUUUAUACAUUUAUCUCUUUUAUUAAUGGUUAUAUUAUUAAUGGGUACUUUAAGUUAUGACUUUUUCAAAUCUUAUAUUUCUAAAAAAGAAAUUGUUACAAUAUAUAUUUGCGCAAUGUUAUUAGGUAUGUUAUGUAUACAUAUUUGUUUAAAUUUAUAUAUAUCCUAUAAAUUAUUAAUGCAGGUUCAAGUUUCUAAAAGUUUAAAAUCAAUUGAAUCCAAAAUACAUUUAAUUGUUGUUAUGUAUUUUUCAUUUUGUUUUUAUUUGUAUCUUUUUGAGAGGGGGAAAUAUGCAAUAAAUUCUACAUUUUCUGUAACUAUUAUAUUAGCUAUUAUAUAUUACUUCUUGCCUAUUUUUUUAUAUAUAAUUUUACGUUUAAUUUUUUUUGUUGUUAUCCUAAUAUUAGUGUUUUUAAAAAGAAAAAGCCCUACGCCAAAAAGAAUAUUAAAAAAGUUAAAAAUUAUGAAAUAUAUAGAAUAUAGAAAGUAUUGUGAAGAAAAUUUUUUGACAACAAAUUAUUUUUACAGUGAUAAUUUUAUAAAUGAUCAGAAUAAAUGUGUACAAAAAAAUGAAGAUAUGUCUAACAUACAACCAAAUGGUAUAGGACAAUGUGUAAAAAAUGAAGAAUUAACCACAAAUAUGGUAAGUGAAAUACCUAUAAAUAAUAAUGAAAUAAGUGAUAUGAAAAAUAUAUCGACUAAUAAUAAUACAUUAGGGAAUAUACCUAAUUUGAAAGAUAUAAAUAAUAGCAACAAUGUUGAUAAUGUAAAUAUUAUUAAUAGUGACAAUAAUGUGGUUAUAAAUAUAGAAUCUCCUACUAAUAUUCUUAACAAAAAUGGGGAAAAUAAAAUGAAAAAUAUGUCCGAGGAAAAUAUAAAAAAAGAAGGAGAAAAAAUAUAUAAUAAUAAUUAUAGUAUAUAUAAUGAUCCUAAUCAUGUGAAUGAUGUAAUAAAUAUUAAUAUUGAUAAUGAUCAAAUUCGAAAUGAUAAUAAAACGGGUGUUUUUGGAUACUUUCAAAAAGUAUUAAAAAAAAAAAAAAAUGGAAGUGCAAAUGGAAAUGAAAUAAAUGAAAAAAAUGAAAUAAUAGAAAUACCACCAGAAAAUAAUGUAUAUAUAAAUAUAGAAACAUCAGAUUUAGUUUGUUCUAUAUGUUGUGUAGAAUAUGCAAAUGAUGAUGAUAUUUGUAUACUACCAUGUAAUUAUCUACAUUAUUAUCAUAAAGAUUGCAUAUUUACGUGGUUAAAAAAAAACAAUGAUUGUCCUUUAUGCAGAAAAAUUAUUGAAAAAAUAUAA